UGCGAAUCAAGCAAUGAACGAAUUAAAGGAUCCGCUCCGGCUCUGCUCCCAGUCCGGCGCGGGGGGGCGGGGGGACCUGCCCGCGGCUCCGCACGCCAGCGCGGAGGACCGAGCAGCGAGCGGCAGCCAGAGCGACCCGGCGCGGGGCGCCCCGUCUCGCUGCCCCGCACUUCCGGGCCCGACCCCGCCAUGGCCGCCCCGCAGCGCCUCCGCGCCGCCCUGGCGCUCGUCACAGGGGGGGGCGGCGGCAUCGGCGCGUCGGUGUGCGCCCGCCUGGCCCGCGAGGGCGCGCGCGUGGCGGUGGCGGACCGGGACGAGGCGGCGGCGGCGCACACGGCGCGGGGGCUGCCGCGGGCCGAGCCGGGCCAGGAGCACGAGGCCUUCGGCGUCGACGUCGCCUGCGCCCGCAGCGUCAGCCAGCUCCUGGCCCAGGUCCAGCAGCGCCUGGUGGGAACCCAGGUGUCCUGACCCAGGCAUCCGGCAGGCCCGGUUCUCGGCCGCGCCCCAUGUGUGCGUGAACUGUGCUGGGAUCACCCGGGACGAGUUCCUACUCAAGCAGACAGAGGCCGCAUUCGAUGAAGUCAUUGCUGUCAACCUCAAGGGCACCUUCCUGGUCAUGCAGGCUGUGGCGCAGGCACUGGUGCAGAGCGGUGCCCUUGGUGGCUCCAUCAUCAACCUGGGCAGCAUCGUGGGCAAGGUAGGAAACCUGGGGCAGGUGAACUACGUGGCGUCCAAGGCAGGCGUGGAGGGGCUGACCAAGACUGCUGCCAAGGAGCUGGCCAGGUAUGGGAUCCGCUGCAACGUAGUGCUGCCUGGCUUCAUCCGCACCCCCAUGACGGAUCAGGUGCCCCCCAAAGUGAUGGAGAAGUUAUUAGCGCUGGUGCCUAUGGGACGGCUCGGAGACCCUGAAGAGGUGGCUGACGUCUGCGCCUUCCUGGCCUCAGAGGAGAGUCGUUACAUCACAGGGGCCAGCGUGGAGGUGACAGGGGGGCUCUUUCUCUGAUGGACCUGCCCCCUGUCCUGCUGCUGGGAGGUCCAGCAGUUCCCAGAAGCCUUUGCUCUGAGCUCCUGCCUCCACCCCCACCCCCCCGGUGGAGCUGAGGGGGCGCAUCCAGCAUUUCCCAAGUGCCUCUGCAGCCGCCUUCCCUGCCCCCGCAAGCCCAGCCUGGGCAGGGGACACUGGGGGCCCUGCUGGCUCAUCACACUACAAUAAAUCGGUCAUCGCACCUGGAAA